CAUGAAGCUCCUCCUGCAGCCACCGGUCCAUAAACAACAUUUCCUGUAGCAGUCAGACUUGAAUUUUAUUUACGGGAGACACGGUAGCAGCACCCAAACAACUAAGGACAACACAAACUGGCUCGAAUGUUCUCGUCUGCCUUCUUAAUCGCCUUAAGAGAAAAAAUCAAGUCUGAAUACAGAGGGAAGGCGAGAGGCAGUCGAGUACAGCUAGCUAGCUAGACAGAGGGGGACAUUUGGAAAACCUCAAAAUUAUGGCCAUGUCCCUAAUCCAAACCUGCCGCAGUCUGGCUCUCUCAACAUGGCUGCUUUCUUUUUGUUUUGUGCAUUUGCUCUGCCUGGACUUCACGGUGGCCGAGAAAGAGGAGUGGUAUACAGCUUUUGUGAAUAUUACCUAUGUGGAUCCCGUGAGUUCGGAGUUCAGAACAGAGAAAACGGAGUGCGGUCGGUACGGGGAACACUCUUUAAAACAGGAUACCAAGGGGGUGGUGGUGAUGCCCUUUUCUCGCCAUGACAGACUUGCUUGCGACCCCAACACAAAAUUUACAAUCCCUGCCAAUGCAAAAAGCUGGGUAGCUCUUAUACCCAAAGGGAACUGUACGUACAGGGACAAGGUCCGCCAUGUUAGCAGUCAAAAUGCGUCUGCUGUGGUCAUCUUUAAUGUGGGCUCCAGCAAUGUGAAUGAGACUAUUACUAUGCCACAUGCAGGCACAGGAGACAUUGUGGUGAUCAUGAUUCCUGAACUCAAAGGAAGGGAGAUAAUGGCCCUGCUUGAGAAGAAUGUGACUGUAAUGAUGUACAUCACCAUCGGGACUCGGAAUCUCCAGAAAUAUGUCAGCCGAACCUCUGUGGUUUUUGUGUCCAUCUCAUUCAUUGUGCUCAUGAUCAUCUCUCUGGCCUGGCUUGUCUUCUACUACAUCCAGAGGUUUAGAUAUGCAAAUGCACGAGACAGGAACCAGAGGCGACUUGGAGAUGCAGCAAAGAAAGCCAUCAGUAAACUUCAAGUCCGAACCAUUAGGAAGGGGGACAAGGAAACAGAACCAGAUUAUGAUAACUGUGCAGUUUGCAUUGAAGGGUACAAACCAAAUGAUGUUGUCCGAAUUUUACCAUGUCGGCAUCUCUUCCAUAAGAACUGUGUAGAUCCGUGGCUUCAAGACCAUCGCACCUGUCCAAUGUGCAAGAUGAACAUUCUCAAAGCAUUAGGAAUUCCACCAAAUGCAGACUGCACUGACAAUAUCCCACCAGAUUACGAGGGAUCAAUAGGGGGACCCUCAAUGAAUCAGAUAACUGGGGCCAGUGAGUUAACAGUAAACGAGAGCUCGGUGGUCGUGGAUCCAGCAAUCCGGGCUGUGGGGCUCCCACAGGUCUUCCAGAACAGCGAAACCAUCCCUCCGGCUGGAGAGGUCAUCAUUAACACAAGCAGUGACCAGGAACCGGCGGUGAACAGCGAUUCAGACACCUCGUUGAUUAUUGCUGUGGAAGUGGAGCUCUCUGACGUGGAGAUCUCAACUGACCAGGACUAUGAGCUAGUAUCCUUGUAUAGAGGGACACUGUACAUCACUUACAUGGUGGCUAAUUGAAGACGAUGGGGGAUUGAGACCUUAUGAUAAAUGAUCUCUGGAUCACAGCAUUGCAGAUUGGUUAUGUCAGGAUUUCGGUGAGUUAAUGUAUGCCUUCUCCACAUAACCAAUUUAAAAAGUAAUAUUCCAGAGAGUAUUUUUCUAAUGAUCUCUCAGUGAGCCACUGUACAUUCAUGUGCUUACCUCCUUUACAGUUCUAAUCCACUACUAAUUACUUUUCAUGAAUUAAAUGGCUUUUUAAAAAAAAAAAAAAAAAAAAAAAACAAUCUUACUGAUAAAAUGUAUUGUGUUCAUUCUUUUGUUAAUUCAAUAUGUUUGUAAUGCUGUUCUUCCAGCAUCUCCCCCAAAUUCAUAUGUAAAGCAUAAAAUUGCACUUAACUAUUGUAAUCAGUUCACAGCUACCUAACUUUAAAGUCCUGUAUGCACGGAAAUAGCGAACAGUGUGUAAGCCUAAACCAAGCGCCAGAUUAAAUCAAUGUAUUCUGUUCUAUGUAAUUCUAAGUGUGAGUAGGUUUGUCAGUUGUGUUUAGGUUAUUUAGGGGCAAAUGUGUUCAUUCUCCAAGCACACUUACCCUGGCUUUGUUUCACUUUUAGAAUAACCACCUUUGGGUGAGAGGAAAACAAAAUGCAUAGCACUUCUUAUUUUUAUCAAAAUGCAAACAGAUAUUCUAGUUUUGUGAACAUUUCUAGCCAAGUGGAAAAAGUAUUACAUAGUGAUUUUUUUUUCCUUUUGUACACUUUCACGUUGAAUAAUUUAGCAUUGUGCCAGCUGCUAAACAUUCUCUGCUUAACUAAUGCAUUGUGAAUUUGUAAAGUAAAAACUAUUCUUCUUGUAAUUAUUUUUAAUGUACAGUAUUGAUUCUGCAUUUAAGCUUUUUUUUUUUUUUUACUGGAUGUAUAUAGCUAUCUAUAAUGCAUUUUAUAUCUCUUGAGAAAUCAAAUGGGUGUCAGAGAAUGUUACUAUGUUUCAAAGGGAGCCGUCUAGAACUAGAAGUAAACAAGGCUACAUUAUUGUAUUUUGCUUUACAGUAGAUGCUAGACUCUGUUUGUCAAAAAAAUGGGAAGAGGAUAUUGAUACUAAAAUGUGGAAAACACUAUCCCUCUGAAAUAAUAUUGUUAUUUUGGUAUAUAGAAGAUACUGUAAAUAUGUGCAGCUGUGUUGAAAUAUUGUUCUAGUAAGAUGUUGCAACUGUAAAACAAUGAUUGUGAGUUAUAAUA